AUGGGCCCCAUUGGGGGUAUAAGUAAGAAGUCAAAUUAUAGCUCGGGAUUCUCUAAGGGUUACACUAGAGGUGGAGGAAGCAGUAAGAAGAAUUUCUCUAAGGGACCACAAUCUACAGGAUCCCAAACUAAGAGCUUCCAUUUCAAGAGCUUUGGAGGCCGGAGCCAAGCUUCAAGGCAAGACUCAACUCCAUCUGUCAUGGGACCAUCGGUAGUACGACCAUAUUGUGAUAAAUGUAGAAGAUUCCACGUUGGAGACUGUUGGGCAUGCUAUAAAUGUAACAAGAUGGGUCAUAUUACCUGUAAUUGCCCAGAGGCUAUGACUGAUGGGAGAUCUGUUAUUCCUGCUCGUGUCUUCGCGAUGUCUAAAGAGGAAGCAAAAGCUUCUCCUAAAUUGAUCAAAGGUAUGAUUGUCCUUAAUGACAAACAAGUAGAAGCAUUAUUUGAUUUAAGUGCUACGCAUUCUUUCAUUGCACUAGAUUGUAUGACUAGACUUAAAAUGUGUGCGUGUGAAAUGGAUGUUGUUAUGAAUGUUUCUACGCUGACUGGGGCCUCUGCUAAGACCAGUCGUGUGUGCUUUAAUGUCAAGUUGAAGUUUGACAUAGAAAUGCCUAAGUUCUUGUCUGCUAUGGAAGUCAAGAAAUCAGAUCAAGAAGGAUGCCAAAUGUUCAUGGUGUUCUGCUCAGUACAAGGAGACAAAGAACAAAAGAUUGAUUAG